ACCGUUAUGCUAACUAAAAUGAACAUAAAAGUUGUAGGUUGUUUAUUAUCUACAUCUUUUCAAACAACAAAAUAUCUACUUUUUAAUUUGGUGAAACAUCGGCAUGAUUUGGUUAAUAAAUAUACUAUUAGAGGUCUUAUGGACAUUGAAUGGACGAGAUGUUUAUGGAAAAUAAAUCAAAUUCUCGGUGGUGCGAAACGUCAAGAUACUGAAGCAAUAUUUAUCAAUGAAACCUAUAUAGGCACUUAUGCAGAAUUUCAAAACUAUUUAAGCGUCAAAUACAAUAUAACUAUGAGCUUAUGGUCUGUGAAUUGUAAACAACUUGCAUCGAUUGAUAUUCAAGAUUAUUAUAAUAAUAAAUCGACAUUCGUACGUAUGGUUUUUGAAGUUAACAAUUGGGAAAUUGGCCACGUUAUUUUCGUUCUAUUUGAUAAACUAGUUCCAAAAACUUGUAAGUAUUUCAAACAGUUAUGUAUAAAUAAAACUGAAGGAUACUUGAACAGUUUUAUACACAGGAUUGAUAUAAAUAAUGGUUUUAUUCAAGCCGGGCGAAUCUUAAAUAAAAUGGCGUAUUUAAAAAAAGAAAACUUUUCAGUAAGUCACGAUAGAAGAGGUGUGCUGUCUUUAGCUAGUAGACGAACAUAUUUCAAUGGUCCGGAAUUUAUUAUUAGUUUUCGACCAAAUCCUUGGAUGAACGAUAAAUAUGUGGCGUUUGGACAUGCUGUCGAGGGCGAGAAGACCUUAAAAAUAAUUGAGAAAUUGUCAAACGCUCGUGUAAUCUCCGACCGACAAAUUCGCAUAACUUCGUGUGAUGUACUGCCGAACUGUACUCGUUCUGUAAAAACAAAAUUAGACACAUUUUUAUACACAAUUAUCGAUAAAAUUAUACACAAAGCUAUGUACACAUACGCGUACGGUAAACCCAAACCACUCCACUUGCCCAUCACAACUGAUCUUGAGUACGUAAAAUCGAUUAUUCAGACCUUAACGAACAAAGUUAUGAGUAAAAUCGAAGACUCUGCGUCACCUCAAGAAACCAAAUCAUUAAUUGUUGUGGAUUAUUCGAAACGCUCCAAGCUACGUCUGGGUUCCAUGACUAUUCCGAGCGCGCCAUCUAGCUGCAAGGACGAAACGAAGAGAAAAUAUUCGCUGAUAAAGUUGAAGCCAUAUUCUGCCGGGUUUAACGAAACUGCGAGUCGAAUACUAGGAACUGAAAAAAUUUCUACGAUAAAAUCGAAACGCGCGAGCGCUUGCAGUGCAACAUCGAUCGGCAAAAACACCAAAUACGGUGUCAAUUUAUCAGCAGAUCAUAAGGAUUAUUGGAAAUAUAAAAAAAUAUAUGACGGCAUUGCCGAUUGA